AUGUACGAAAGUAUCAAGGAACUACGUUGGGACACAAAGAUGUUAACAGUAAAGGGAAACGACGGUCACGAACAGUCUAACCAUCGUCUGGGCUCGGACGUGAGACGAGGAGAUGUGACAAAAACGGACGGACGCCUUUGCAUUAUUCCGUCUUCAAUAACCUACCUACCCGCCUAUGUGAAACUUCUGGUUAAGAACGGUGCCGACCCGAACCGCGAGUGCAACGAACAUCUUACACCAACAGCACUCGCCAUCAUCGAAGACAAUUCAGAGAUGCUGACACUCCUAAUAUCUCUCGGAGCCGACCCUGACCGUAUCGUAGAGUUGGAUGGCGAGCAGGUGACGCUUCUGCAGCUCGCAGUGAGUUUGUACAAUUUUAAAAUCGUACGGCUGUUGUUGGAGAAUGGUGCGGAUCCAGACAAAAGUGCCCCCGCGACGGGAGAAACAGCGUUACACGUCGCCGCACGCGCCCGUCCACUCGAGAGAAGAAAGCUGAUAGCUCUGCAAUCCACGUUGUACACAUUGAUUGCGCGCGGCGCCUCACUCGAGACGACACGAAACGAUGGUUUUACCCCAUUACAGGUGGCCAUAUUGUAUAGGAGAUAUGAUGAGGCAAGGAUUUUAAUCAUCGGCGGAUCAAGACUGAACAGUACAAUCGAACGAGGUGAAUUUCGGGGGCGUACGUCAUUUCAUUUAGCUGCAAGUUCGCUGGACGUCGAUUUGAUCGAUCUCUGUUUGAAGUAUGGAGCCGACGUGAACGUGUGUGACAGGCACGACGGGAUAGACCUUCCGGCCAGUACUUUGAUGGCCGCGAUAUACGAUUUUAAAGAUAAAGGAGUGGACAAUUCCGAAGUCGUGGUGGAAAUUUUAAAAAUGUUCACGAGGUGCAACUUUCCAGUCAAUGUUAUACAGGAUUUUUGGGAGUGUGUUAAAAUAUUUACAUUAAAAAUAAAAUCUAGAAUUGUCUUUAAAAUGUUGGAUUCUGCACUAAACACGCAAAAUGACUUUUUAAUCAAAUUGAUGCACCGGGAUGUAAGGUGUAUUGAGAAGAUCGUCGCAGCGGGUGCCGAACUAAGGUGUUGCAGCCUAGGAACCCCGUUUCCUCUCAAUUAUAUCGCCUCGAAAGGGGACGCGAGGAUAAUGAUAAUACUUCUGAGCGGAGGCGUACAGACAAACCGCUUGGAUGAAAGCGGAGAGACCGCCCUGCACAAAGCGGCGAGUAUGGGUUACGUCGACUGCUGUCGUCUGUUGCUGGAGUAUGGGGCGAUAUACAACUACAAAAGUCGUCACAAGUGUCAUAGGACGCCCGCACAGUUGGCGAAGUUCGUUGGGCACACGGGGGUGACAUCGUUGUUGUCCACCAUUGACAGAUAUUCCAAGCGACUGCAGAUUGGUAAAUUUAAACAGCCCAACCCCGACGACGAACUGUUUACUGCCGUUAUGAACUGUCGUUCCAGUGGAGGAACCACCCUGCUAGGAAGCGCCGUCCACCUCGCAUUGAAAAGAGAAGCCGAAAUUUUGAUGGGUCUAAGGUUAGGAAUGAGUGAUGGUGAUUCAUAAUCUUUUGUGAAAUAAAGCUAAUAUUUCAACAUUGUUGUACAUAUUUUCAGACAUCCUCCUAUCCCUGUCCUUUCACGAGGGCACGUGUUGAAAAACCUCCCUCGUAUUGUUCCUAAUGGUAGGUUCAUUGGUCAUGUUUGAUGUAUAGAGGAGAAAACGUGAUACCCGAGAAGUUAUUAUCCAUUCGCUUUUGCCCGAAAAAUGAACGGUCGUAUCUACAGCCUUGAUGUUUAUAUCUAAUAGCGACAGAUAACUCGUGAACUUGUUAUAAAUAGACAGUAGGGAAAAGAAAUUGUUGAUAUUGACUCUAUCAUGACAUUGUAACCCUAGACAUGAUCUAAACACCGACAGUCUUCUGGUGAAAUAAAUUACAAAUCAAUACAAUGUAAAUCGUUUAUUAUUCAUAUAUAUAUAUUUAUGAAAACAGGUACUGGUUUUGUGAACAGCCGCUGCAGAUACGAUACACGUGGUUCCAUUUCUCACAGUACAGUCGCCAGAAAUAUGCACAGAAAUUUUCGUCUCCUCUGACAACGCGACGAACGGUGUUGUAAGGUAGCCAAGCUAAGAUCUCGUACUGAACUUCCAGUGGCAGGUGUGCGACGGCUUCCAGAACAAAUACGCUCUCAUCGGCUUCCAGAGGUUAUGGAAAAAGAACCUUUACGCACCCGAUAGAUUUUUCAAAACGAAGAUGUACGAAAGUAUCAAGGAACUACGUUGGGACACAAAGAUGUUAACAGUAAAGGGAAACGACGGUCACGAACAGUCUAACCAUCGUCUGGGCUCGGACGUGAGACGAGGAGAUGUGGUCUCUAUUUACUAUUAGUUUUAUUUUGUACGACAUAGGAUUUUGUACGAUUUCAUGUGGGUGACAAUAAAACAUUUUAUACGUUUUGUACACAUUCUGUUCUUUGAUUGACCCUUGAAUAACGU